GCAGAAUUGUCUUUUUUAUAAACCUAUAGUCUGUUUGGGCAUCCUUUGGAGGGGUGAGAAAUGUUGUUAAGAAGUAAACCCACAUAGUUUGGAGUGGUUUAAUAGAAAAUAUUUUGGAAGUGACAAGAAAGACUGCAGGCAUGUCUUCGAAGGUUACUACUUUGCAGCUGCCGCAGUGGAGCACUGGACUGAGAAGCGUGCGCUAUUUGUAUCUGUCCGACGUCAACUCAUUUAAAUUGCGCGUAAACGGGGAGACUCAGGAGAAUAUCAUUCCUCUGUUUCUUGGAGCGGACAUAUUUUCCAAAACCUGCAUUCGGACAGAGAAUCACCCAAGAUUCCAUGCAAAAUAUGCCAAAAAGGGAUUGGCCACUAGGCUUAAUUUUUCUUCUAAUUUCAGGGUCCAAGGAUUGAAAAUGACAAGCAGCAGUAACAGUUUGUGGUUUUACAGUAUUCAGGGAUUUUUCCGUGUUGCUUUUGAAAUAUUCAGCAAGGAGGAACAGUUGUCUGUGCUGGAUACUUUUCAGGAGGUUUGGAAGUCUAGAAUAAAUGAUGGGCUUCUCUCGGUGUCCUAUAAUAUGAGUGUACAGGUGGAUGAUCCCUGGGCUUCAACCUGCAUUUUACAUUACCAGAGGGACUGCUCAAGUAACUUCACGCCAGAAAAAGUGCAUAAGCUCUCUCACUGUGAGCUUUCUGCACAGUCCUAUGACAUGGUGGACACUCCUGUGUCAUUUACUCAUAUUCCCUCUGACCAUAAUUAUGGCAAAUCUGAAGGAUACUCAGUUGAUACAAUUGUCAGUCCCAUUUUACAAAAAAUCAAGAGGCUGGAGUAUUCUCUACAAACGCUGGAUGCAACUGUUAUGGGUCAGUUAACAGACACCAUAGUUCCUUUGUUAGAAUGUGCUGAACAACUGAUAAGCAAAACCAUCAACAAAGAGGAAGUUUCAGACACAGUUCUACAGCUGUUAAAGACAUAUUGUUUAUCAUCUGUGGCAAACGAUAGCUCUGUCUACAAUAAUAGCUUACUCUUUGCAGUAAGUAGUUGGCUUGGUCAACAGUUUAGUGCAGCCCACACCUGUAUCAGUAAGCGGAUUGAAAGUUUUAAACUAAACCACAUUGACAGAAUCACUGACUUGCCUCCUGCUGAGGACCUUGUCAGCCAGCUCUUUCCAGAAUCAAUGAGGGUGUUGCUAUUAAACUGGAUGGGUCUCAGUGAUGAUGCUGCUAUCUGGAAGCGACACAGUGAAUAUCCCAUCCUAUUGCUUAUUUUAGAGUUUGCUAAUCAUAACUUAAUCACUGGUGUAGCACAUGUGUUGUACUCAAGUUUAAUAUGUAAAUAAUGUUUUAUUGUGCUGGAAUUGGAACAUUUUAAUCAUGGUUUAUGUAAAUAUGCAUUUGGAACAUGUUAUCAAUACAAAUUGCCUAAAUUCCAAACUCAUCCUACUUUGGGUAACACGUGAAAUUAUUGAAUUCUCCUUUCCUCACCCCUUUGGUGGUUCACUUUUUAAUGUAACAAUAUUGUUUGAAUUUAGAUGGAGGCAUUCCAGAGCACACACUGAAUGAGUUGGCAUUCUGCAGUUUUCCAACAGAGGCAACAGGUCUUGACAGUUGAAGCUAACAACUUUGCUUGUUAUGCCAGUUUGAACAUCCCAUUUCUACAAAAGUGAGGCAGUUGCAUAGAUUAUUUUCAGAACAAAUGGUUUUCAUGUUAAACUUAACAUUUUACAUUUUUUAUAUGGUUACCGUAUGGAGGUGUAAUCUUUUCUGUCAAAUUCAGACAUUUCCUCGUUGGAAAUAUAGUGUACUUGCUCUUAAGGUAGCUUUGCCAUGGUGUCUUUGCCCAUGCCUAUUCCUUAGUACUAGAGAGACCUCAUAGUCUGAAACAUCUGCCUAAUGGUCCUAGUGUUCGAUGACAAAUGUAAUGCCCUGAUAAUUUCAUUUCCACAACUGGGAUAGAUAAGUCAAAAAAAGGAAUAAAAUGUAAGUGAAAAUUGUAUUUACUCAUUUAAAAAUUAAAUGUGUAUAAAUACUUUUGCACAAAUUAUGCACUUUGUCUACUAUUAACCUAGGGAAUUUAAA